UUAAACGUCACGCUACCGGAAAAUACCACGAAACACGUACCGAGGGCAAGAACCGUGAGGAAGGGACUAAGUUGUUUUUAAAAGUUAGGACCAUGGCUCUUGGAGAGUGUUGGAAGCAGUUAUCCUGGUUUUACUACCAAUAUCUUCUGGUAACAGCCUUGUACAUGUUGGAACCCUGGGAGAGGACGGUGUUCAACUCUCUGCUGAUCUCUGUGGCCGGUAUGGUCCUAUACACCGGCUAUGUGUUCAUGCCACAGCACAUCAUGGCCAUCUUGCACUACUUUGAGGUCAUCCAGUGACAGUGACUCCAUCUGUCCACCAGCUGGUCCUGUAUGUCUCUGGCUUCCUGUCCGUCCAUCUACCUACUCCCCCUUCACCCACCUGUCUGCUGUCUCCUGGGGUUCUGCAAUAGAGGUUCUCUCCUUUCCAAAACGGAUCCAUUAUCAGCAGUCAAACCUUUGCGGGUUGAGCCAGACAAAGUCAUUCCUCGUGACUGUUUCUCUGCCACUGAAAUUUUUUUGGAUCGUGGGCGAUGCUGGACUUGCAGGCAAAGCCUUGAAAAGGAGCGUGCUUGGUUUUGUUUUACGUUUGGUGUUUUUAUUUUAUUUUUUUCUUUGACUCAAGCACACCUUACUGUUUUGUAACUGUGUGUGUGUGUGUGUGUGUGUGCGCACGCAGUGACCAAGCUGGUUUGUUAAUUGCAUUAAUACGCUAAAGCCAAUCUUGUCUUAGUUGCAUUCAGAGCCAUGACCCACAGACUGAUGGACAGAAUACUUCCAUAGAAUAAAGAAUGUACAAGUUUUCAAGCAGGAUCAGAUCAGCAGGAGGCCUGAUUGUCAGUCUGGGAUGUCAAGUUGUUGCUUUUAGGGAAUGGUAAACCUUUUUCCACCGUAACUAGUUCCCAUCCCUUUUAUGGUGAGGUUUGUACAUGCAGGCAUUGUAAUGAGGCAUGUCAGAAACAAAACAGUAUGAUUUUUGAACUUUUGUAUCCUCAAACAUUCUGUCAAAAGGCUUAAUACUGUGGCAGUACCAUAAAGGUCAAAUGCAUGAGUUACACUGCUGAGUAACUUCCCGUCAAAACAAAGGCACUUGCAGUGACUUAAAUGAGUGAUUUAUUCUCCACGUUGGAGAUGCAGAUCUGUAGUAAAUGCUUUUAUUUCUACUUACAUAAUUUCUAUAAAGACUUUCAUCCAUAUCCCACCAGUCAAAGCUGGAUCAGAAUGUAAGUGUGAUGAAGCAGUGUUGGCCUUUUUAAACUCUACUGAAUGUUGGUCUUAAAAAAAAUGACGAUCUUCCCUACCCGAAGGUCUUGAGUAGACAUGAGUUAAACUCUGGGAGAAAUAAUCACUUAUAAAUCUGGUUAGUCCCCACCAAAUAUUUUAAUACUGUCUUUUUUUUCCCCCCCGUCUUUUUUUGAUUGAUCCUGUAGUUAUUUGAAACUCCGUGGAUCAAAUGAAUAUUCAUUGCAGUGUAAACUUUCUUGCUUGCUUGCUUAACCAAAUUAAUGAUUUGAUUGUAAACAGACCAGUUUUCUGUGUGCUGGGUUAAGGUAUUUUAAUGCCAUCACUGCAAGUCAAAUAGUCAUCUGUUGACUGCAGCAAAUACACCCCCAAGCCACUGAAUGAACUGCAAACUGAGCGUCUCAUUGUCACAAAACUGUGUGUUUAUUAAUUUGGUGAUGAAGGAAAUCUAUAAAUGUUGUUGAACUUGUCUCUAAUCUGCUUCGAGGUCGGUCUGACGCUGAACACACCAAGAACAGCUGUUCAAUCACUAACAUUAAAUUCACUUUGAUCUGCUGACAAACUAAACAUCUCAUGUUUAAAUAGAACCAGUUCCACAGUUCUAAUGUGUGGCCAUUAACACAGGAAUAAACAGCAGCCCUGAAAGCAGACCCAGCGAGAUAACUUGAAUUAAAAUGUUUAUUUUACGGCUCUGUGGGUUAAGACACCAGAUUAAUGAUUUUCUGCAGCAUCAAUCUCUUUUUUUUAUUUGCAGCAGUGUUGGAUUUUACUGUUAUGUUUUCAUGUUCUGUAUAGAUCUUUAAUCACCAUUUUAUCAUCAUCAGAGCAAAUUGAUAACCAUCGUUGUGACACCCGUUAUCUCCAACUGUGGUUUUAGGGGUUUUUUUGUUGUGUCGAUCUUUGUGGUCUUCCUCAAUGGAGUUGCCUUCAUAGUGGAACCGUCUCUAUAAUCUCAGUGAUACGUUUUAUAUAGAUCCUCAGACCUUGAAGCAAAUGGCUAACAUAAUAGGACACUACACAUGUGGUUUUGUCUGCUUGUACAAAAGCCAACGGUGACACUUUAACUGUUAGUGUGUCUCAGAUUACAGGAUGCGUUCCUUGGUUAUCCAAAUUCUGUUUUACGGUGGUCAACAUUCAGCAAUCUCCUCAGCAUUGAAAUGUUAAAGAAAAUACAUUUUAAUGUGAACUAGGGGUGGGACGCGUUAAUUUUGAUUAAUUAAUUACGGGGAAAUUAACGAAUUAAAAAUUUUAACGCAUUUUAAUCGCAAUUUGCAGCGUGGAACGUUUCUCAGUGCACGAGUUCCAGGCAUACAGAUUAUAUCGACGCACAAUGUCCAAAUUCAGGGGCUGCAUCGUUCGAAGGACCCGGCCCACGUCCUUUGCGGCCCACGUCCUUUGCAGCCCACGGAGACCGCAAAGGGAGGAAGUGAGCGGCUAGCCUUCAUAUCAGCGUCGCCUGUCGUCACCUCUGCGUAGCUCAUGUCGCCAAACAACGUGAGUGCGAAGCACAGCUGUGUAAAAGCAGCUGGUUAAACGGAGAACGAAC